UAUCUAUAUCUAUAUCUCUCACAUGCAACAACACUCAUUAUAACAACAUACCCCCCUUCCUUAACUUGUAAUUACGAGCAUUUAACUUCUCUCUAUCAUCAUCAACAUGGAGCAUGAUGCUUCUGCUGCAGAGGAUAGAGACCACAAAUUCCUAGCAAUAGCUAUUGAAGAAUCAUAUAAAGGUGUUGAAAGUGGUGAUGGAUACCCGUAUGGUGCGGUCAUUGUUCGAAAUGAUGAAGUUGUUGUAAGCUCUCAUAACAUUGUUUUAAGAAACACAGAUUCCACUGCUCACGCUGAGAUGAUUGCUAUAAGAGAGGCUAGCCAAAAGCUGGAUCAAGUUGAACUUCCUGACUGUGAAAUCUAUGCUUCUUGUGAACCUUGUCCAAUGUGCUUUGGUGCUAUUCAUUUUUCAAAAAUUAAGAGAUUGGUUUAUGGAGCCACAGCAGAAGCGGCAGGAUCAAUUGGAUUUAGUAGUUAUACUGGCGAUGCAUGGAAGGAUGCCGGUUUUCCUCCGCUGGAGAUCAAAAAGAUAGACGAUAGUGGUGCAGAAGAAGUAUUUGAGAAGCCAUAGGACAAGUUUAAGUAAAAGAGAAUACAAGUUACAAUUGUUCCAGAAAUAAAGGCACACUUGCUAUUGCUACUGCUGCUAGUUGUUGUUUUUUUUUUUCUUUUCUCUUCUUUCACCACUAGUUUAAUAUGGUUCGAUGUCAGUUAUGGUAUUAAGUGGUUUCAGCCCCCUCCUGAUCGCAGUUGCGGGGAUACUGCUAGUUGUUUAUUGUUGGUUACUAAGUACUAUAUGGUUGAGGCAUUAUAAAAUGGUCAUUAAUACUAUGUUUACUCGUUGUGACUGUGGAUUCUCUGCAGAAUUGAUGACUGAAAUUAAGACACUUUGCUAUUGCUAGUA